CCCUCCUCCCGUGGGGGGCGUGGGUCUGCCGGCCGACCUGCCUGCCUGUUGCCCUAGAGACGGGCUUCCCCGGCUCGCGCUCUUCCUCCUUCCCGCGGCAGGGGGCCCAGGAGCGCGCCAGCGAGCGGGCGGGCGGACAGGCGGGCGGAGCCGUCGGGUCUGGCCCGGGGCUGGGAUCCUCCUCCCGCCUCCCUGCCGCGCGUGGCUCAGACGUCAGGAGGAGCCCAAGCGGGCAGGAGGCAGCGCCCAUCCACACAGCUGCCAGAAGUGUCGGCGGGUACCGGACGGGCAGAGCCGGGCGAAGCGGCUUCCUGGCUCAAGCGAAGUCGAGGGAAAGCAGGAAGGAGCGAGAGGCGGGGAAAGGGGGUUCGCUCAGGCGCGCGCGCCAUGGCCGACGUCUUCCCACUCUGCGAACCCGGUUCGGGUCCCGAGGUGGCUCGGCGGUUCGCCCGGAAAGGGGCCCUUCGGCAGAAAAACGUGCACGAAGUCCGGGACCAUAAAUUCAUCGCGCGGUUCUUCAGGCAGCCCACCUUCUGCAGCCACUGCACCGACUUCAUCUGGGGCUUUGGAAAGCAAGGGUUUCAAUGCCAAGUUUGCUGUUUUGUGGUUCACAAGAGGUGCCAUGAAUUCGUUACUUUUUCUUGUCCUGGAGCUGACAAGGGACCUGACACUGAUGAUCCCAGAAGCAAGCAUAAGUUCAAAAUCCAUACGUAUGGGAGCCCAACAUUUUGUGACCAUUGUGGUUCAUUACUUUAUGGACUUCUGCACCAAGGGAUGAAAUGUGACACCUGUGAUAUGAACGUUCACAAACAAUGUGUAAUAAAUGUUCCAAGUCUUUGUGGAAUGGAUCACACGGAAAAAAGAGGGAGGAUUUAUUUGAAGGUUGAAGUGACUGGUGACAAGCUGGAAGUCACAGUGCGGGAUGCAAGAAAUCUAAUCCCUAUGGAUCCUAAUGGACUCUCAGACCCGUAUGUUAAACUGAAACUUAUUCCAGAUCCUAAGAAUGAAAGUAAACAGAAGACAAAAACCAUCCGCUCAACACUCAAUCCACACUGGAAUGAGUCCUUCACAUUUAAAUUAAAGCCCACAGACAAAGACAGGAGAUUAUCAGUGGAAGUCUGGGAUUGGGAUCGAACCACCAGGAAUGACUUCAUGGGAUCUCUUUCUUUUGGGGUGUCGGAACUGAUGAAGUCACCAGCUUGUGGGUGGUAUAAAUUACUUAACCAGGAAGAAGGCGAGUAUUAUAAUGUGCCAAUACCAGAAGCUGAUGACGCUGGAAAUGCAGAACUCAGACAGAAGUUUGAGAAAGCCAGACUUGGCCCAUCAGCUAACAAAGUUAUAACUCCAAUUGAAGAUCGGACUUGUAACUUACCAUCCAAUAAUCUUGAUCGGGUUAAACUAACAGACUUCAACUUUAUAAUGGUGCUUGGAAAAGGGAGCUUUGGGAAGGUGAUGCUCUCAGAACGAAAGGGAACAGAAGAAUUGUAUGCAGUCAAAAUAUUGAAAAAAGAUGUGGUGAUUCAAGAUGAUGAUGUAGAGUGUACCAUGGUUGAAAAACGAGUUCUAGCUUUGAUGGACAAGCCUCCUUUCUUAACGCAGCUUCACUCUUGCUUCCAGACUGUGGAUCGCCUGUACUUUGUUAUGGAGUAUGUGAAUGGUGGUGACCUCAUGUAUCACAUUCAGCAAGUAGGAAGAUUUAAGGAGCCCCAAGCAGUAUUCUAUGCAGCAGAAAUCUCAGUGGGUCUUUUUUUUCUCCAUAAGAAAGGAAUCGUUUAUCGAGAUCUGAAAUUAGAUAAUGUAAUGUUAGAUUCUGAAGGACAUAUUAAGAUUGCAGACUUUGGCAUGUGCAAGGAGAAUAUGAGUGAUGCAGUGACAACAAGGACCUUCUGUGGGACUCCAGAUUAUAUUGCACCAGAGAUUAUUGCCUAUCAACCAUAUGGGAAGACAGUGGACUGGUGGGCCUACGGAGUACUUUUAUAUGAGAUGCUGGCUGGUCAGCCUCCAUUUGAUGGGGAGGAUGAAGAUGAACUCUUUCAGUCAAUAAUGGAACAUAAUGUUUCCUAUCCCAAGGCAAUGUCCAAAGAAGCCGUGUCCAUCUGCAAAGGGUUAAUGACUAAACACCCUGGCAAACGUCUUGGCUGUGGGCCCGAAGGAGAGAGAGACAUUAGGGAACAUGCCUUCUUUAGGAGAAUUGAUUGGGACAGACUGGAAAACAGAGACAUCCAGCCUCCAUUCAAACCGAAAGUGUGUGGCAAGGGCGCCGAAAACUUCGACAAAUUCUUUACCAGAGGACAACCAGUAUUAACGCCACCUGAUCAGCUGGUCAUUUCUAACAUAGACCAAACAGAUUUUGAGGGAUUCUCCUAUGUCAACCCGCAGUUUGUACAUCCCAUGUUACAGUGUGAAGUAUGAAAACAAUAGACUCAGGAAAGCUCCCCCCCCCAGAAAUUGCCCUUAGCCCUGGAGUUUUUAGACCUUUGCCUUGUUGAUUCCAUUUGGGUCUGGGAAUUGUAGGGGUAAGGAGGAUGGGAAGAUGCCGAGGAACAUGUGGACAUAGAAGAUCACCCAGUGUAUUUAUCUAGGAAUCACUGAUGCUUAUAGAUUACUGCUAGCCUUUGUCAUUUUUAUAACUUUGACUAUUUUUCUCUAUCUCCUGUACCUCUGAAAACUUCUUCUUAAACAGUUAAUUAUGAAUCUGAGACUAUCAUGUGGGGUUAAGGAAAAAAGAGAUGAAAAUGUAAGUUGACUGAAAAAUAAGGGGCUGGGGCUGGGGGGGGGGGAUGUAAUAAAGGGAAAUCCAGAAAAUUUUCUUCAAUAUUACAGUUGGCCAGGUUUAUGAUAAAACAAACAUAUGAACAAACAAGGCCCAUAAGAGCUUUUAAAAUUACUGGAUCAAGGUAGAGGUUUCAUAUAAGUUUUCAAUAUAAAGUUUUCAGUAUAAAAUAAAAAUUAUGUGCAUACGAUGAAUACUAACUAGCGCCUCUGAUGAACUAGCUCCAAGGUAAAACUGCAUAAUACUGAUAUAUGUAUUAUUUUUAAUCUCCAUGAGAUUAUAUUAUGAUCCAGGGUGCCAAUUUGCUAUUUAAUUUACAUCUCUAACCAUGUUUAUUGUAAAGCCAGUUUUAAUAUUUUAUCCUAAAUAUUUCUUAACUGGGCUCGGAAGUCAAUCUACACAUCCCUAACUCUUCAACUUAUAUUUAUUUAUUUAGUAAACUGCAUGAAUAGAAUAUAAAAAGUGUACAGUAAAUUAAUAGAGAUGUAGAAUUCAGAGUCAAGCCCGAAAUCAUUAAGGAAUGUUUCUAAAAACUAUAUAUUCAGAUUUUAACUGAUUGGUUUAGAAUAACAUGGAAUCAAAGAAAUCAAAGUGAAAACCUAACAUGGAAUAAGUUUUCUUCAACUGCUGUUGCAAGCUGUUGAAUACAUUUUUGAAUAUGCAUCAUGCAAUGAAUUUUGCAUGUUUAAUGAACAGCAUUAAGUGAAUCCAUAUUAUGAGUAAUUGUAUCACCUGUGGUACACACAAUACAUAUUUUAAUAAGACACAGCUGUGCCAUAUGAGGGAAAGUUCUUUGGGAGAAACUUUUUAGCUACAGCUUAAUGUUCAAUUACAAUUUUGAUUUGUUUGGGAUUUUUAAAGUUCUGCACCUUGUUGAUAGAUUAGGGAAGUCUGUGCUCUUCUGUGCUUAUCUUUAUGUAGCUCUACUGCUAAAUCAUCUUAAACUGCAAUGAGAUUUUGAGCACAGUGAGCACCAUGCACAUGCAUGUGCAAAGUUUACCCACCCCCAGCUAGUAUGAGGAGCUGCUGAUGCAUGCCGGGCCAAUUCCCCCCAUUUCUUUCUGAAGAACUUGCAACAUGUCUCUAAAUCAAUUAUUUGAUCUCAAGCCAUUUAAAAAGCAGUAUGAGGGUUAUGCAAGAACUUGAACAGGAAAUUUGGAGAACAACCAUAUAUACCUUUGCUUUUUAUUAUUACUAUGAGGUUUUCUUUCAAGGUGAUACUGGGCACUUACUGCAUAUCUAUUACUUUGAAGCAGGAAAGCAAUAUAUUAGAGCUAUAAUCAGAUGUUUCGUAGAAUUUUACUCCCCUGCUUAUAAAUUAUUUCAUUUCCUCACCUCCUCACACUCCCCCCCCCCGUAUUUUACUAGAAUUUAACCCAUUUUAAAGAUCAUUAAAUAGUGGACCUGUAAUUCUUUUGCAUGUAAAUGUGAUAGGCUUUUUCUUGUAAUGUUUUCCCUCUUGAUUUCUGUACAUUUAGCUGGCAAAAUAUGUGGAUGUAAGUUCCUGGACAGCCCAUCUGCUUAUCAGUUUGGCCACACAAAAAUGCAUUCCCAAGAUGAAAAAUAUUCCACAAAAUUCAGUAGAAAAGGUUCCCAAUUGUAUUUGAAGAUUAUUUUUUCAUUAUUUUUAAAAUGUGAGAAAAUCCUCUUUAGUAAACUCUUGCUUUCCUGAACAUAUUCAUUUUCUCCAAGGAUCUGUGCAAGGGUCGUUUUAUGCUUAGUUUUUUGUCUUUCGUUUGUGAAUCUUUAGCAUAGAAAAACAUGCACAAGAAGCUACAUGUGAACAGAAUACACAUAGAGACAUACUUUUCAGCAUGUUCAGGAUUUAUUAGGAAAGCUAUUUUUUUUAAAUACAGGCCGUCAAAAGGGCUGCAAUCAUGACAAAAUAAGCCAGGUCCUCACACAUGAUAGCAUGUAUUUUCCUCUACAUUUGUGUGACCCUAAACCUAAACCUAAGCCCCAAAUAAACCCCAUAUAAGCUGGGAAACAAUUGUAGUCAUGAGCUGCCUGGGAAAAUUGAGGAUGCUAGUUUGAGAUGCCAUGUGGUGAACCGCCUAUGAUCAUUCUGUGAGAUAGGCAGCCAUACAAAUUCAAUAAAUAAUAAAUAAAAUAACAAGGGCACUGCCAUCCCACCAAACAAAUAAUGGGAUUUUUUUUCAUGUAAUAGUUUUUUUGUAAGCUUUGUGCUGCACCUUGUAAAAAAUAUUCCUGUCAUUGGCAUACAUCUUAUUCCAAUUUUUAUAUCCUGUGUUCCAAAUGGAUACAAAGAAAUAAAUAGGCCUGCAAAAAUGCACUAUAUCUCUAGUUCAGCUGAGAAUCAACCAAGCAGCUGUGACCUUGGUGAAAACCAUAGUACCAACAAAUACCUUAAAGCAGGAGAUAUGCAUGUUGUUAAGUGGCUGUAAUAUUGGAAUUUCUAGCAGCCUGUAAGAGCUCU